UAAUAAGCAGAAAAAAAAAAUAAAUCUUUAAAGUGUACUAAAAUAUAAGAAUUUAAUUCAAAAACAGAUAUACAAAAAAUGGGCAAUCCAUUAAAUUUAUUCACACUGUAAUUUCAGACAAAAGAACUACAAGAUAGUUUUGAGCACUACUAAUAAAAAAAAUAUUCUCAUGGACAUUUACAACUACUCAUAUCGUUUAUAAUUUAACUUAUUAUUUGUGGUAUACUUUUCAUAGCUUCAAAUUUCAGCUACUCAAUUAUACCAUUAGCUAUUUUGAAUUUGAUUUCUACUGUGCUCUAGGCAGCGCUAAGCUAGUACCGCUUUUACUUAAAUCAAGCUGUAUUUAUUAUAUCGUCAGGAUCUGUGUUAGUUACGUUAAUACUUCUGUCCACAUCAUAAUAUAGUGAAAGCAUCACUGGUAAUUAUAAAUAAGAUUUGUAUUUUAUUGGUGGAUUACUUUAAUUAUUAGUUAACUGCUUUUUUACCUCUUAAUGGACUAUAAAAAUAAUAUUUAUAAUAGUAAAUGCUAUUCUUUUAAAUAUAUUUUAUGAUUUAGAGAUAAUAGCAUAUGUGAUAACAGGCUUAAUUUUGUUAGGAUAUACUUUAAAUUUAUACAAACAAGAAAAAGAAAGUCGAAUAUAGUUCCUUAUAUUAUAGUAAAAAAGUAAAAGUUUGGUAAAUUGGGAAAAGUUUCUUGAUACAAGCUAUUAAGACCCUGUGUUUGUAAUAAAUAUUACGCAGCGAUUAUAAGGCUCCAUAUCAAAUGCUAAAUAAAGGCCUAGUAUAGAUAAGUUAAAUGUUAAAAAUUUCAAUCAAGAAAUAAUAGAAAAAGAGGAGAAAGACCAGAAAAGAAGGCAUGAUUAAAUUUAAGAUUUUUCUAAUAAUAAAUAGAUCAAAGGUUUCAGCGUUGAUAUGUUAUAGGCUCAGUAAAGAAAUUAAGAAAUACCAGGUAUACCCUCUUAAAUAAGUAGAAACUUUGAUUUCGAGUCUGAAAGAUCAGAAAAGAAGUUCUUUUAAAAUUCUUUUAAAAAUAAACUAAAUUUGCAAUUUUAACACCCAGAAGAAAUAGGAAGUGAUGUUUAGGGAGCUUUGAGAAGUGAAAAAAUAGUUGGUAUUAUGGAUAAUAACUAAUCCAGAUAUAAUAAAUUUUCUCAAAGUAAUUUAGACUCUAGAAAAAUAUCAUCAGAUGAAUAUGAUUCUCUCCCAUUAAAAUUUUAAAAUUUAGCCUGUCAAAAAGAAUUUUAUUAAAAAGUUAAUCAAACUGACUACUUUUUGUAAGAAAUGUAAAGAAUUACUGUAUAUAUACCAAUUGAGUAGGCUAUAGAGUUAUAAUUCUCUUAAGAGUUGCAAUAAUAAAAUUAAGAUAAGCAUAAGUAGAUGAAUAAUAUGUAGUUUUUUUAUGGCAAGGGUAUAAAUAAUUAAUCUAACAGUUCUAAUUAAAUAGCAAGCAGUAGUCGCCUUCAAGAACAUGAUUAUAAAAAUCCAAAAAAAUUUUAUAAAUCCACAUUAACUGAAUUUAUUUAGAAAAAAAUCCAGUAAAAUAAAAUACAAAAGAAAUGCUAAAAUUCGAAUUUGUAUUUUCUUGAUGAAUUGGGUGAAGAAUCAGAUUUUUUUGAAGUUAGCGAAAUUAUUUCAUUUGAAAAUUGCGAAAGACAAGUAAACAAUGGUUUUGGAUAUUAAAUAAAAUAUUACAAUAUACACCUUUACGAAGGUGUAUUUAAAGGAGUCCCGUCUAUUAUUGGAGUAAUGAAAGAUAUUACUGAGUAGUAAAAAUAUUUCUAAUAGAGGUAUAGGGAAAUAUAAAAAGAGAAGCUGAUUUAAUCUUUGGUGCAUGAAAUAAAUCCUCCCCUGAGCAAGCUCAUGAAUUGCAUUGAUGCAUUAAAUGACUAAGGAAUUGAUCAUGAUCAUGCUACAUAUGUUGCCAAAUAAAAUUCUAUGCAAGUUUACUUCAUUGUGAAUGAUAUUAUAGACUAUUUCAGGUUAGUAAAUUCAUAACUUGAUAUUAAAAAAAAUUGGUUUACUGUGAAUUAGUUACAAAGCGAUAUAUCAUUGAUUUUCGAAGAAUAGAUGAAAGAAAGAUGCAUCAAUUUUGAAUUCUGCAGCUUGAUUGAUCAAUCUGAAAAAAUUAAUUCUGAUUUUUUAAGAUUAAAAUAGAUUAUUGUUAACCUUAUUUCUUUAUCACUUAAAUAUACCACUGAAGGAAAUAUAAAAAUAUAUAUGAGUUAUUAUGAUACUAAGAAAGAAACGAUAGAAUUUAUCAUUUAGCAUACAGAAUCAUUCUUGCCUAAGGAAAUUAUUCAAUAGCUGAGAUCAAGUUUCUAAAUCUUUGAUAAUAAAUAUGAUGACUUUACUUCAGGUAAAAAUCUUUAGUUACUACUAUGCUAGGGUUUAGUUGAGAGAAUAGGACCUUCUCAUUUUUUUGUUAAAUAAGAUGAUGGUAACGUUGAAAUAAGAUUUAAAAUAUAUUCUAACUACUCAUAGAUAUUCAAAUAGAUCGAUAGUAGAACUAAUUUCAUUUCCUUCAAUAGAGAAAAUAACUAAGCAUUUUUAGAUCAAUAUAGAAGAUCACAGUCUAAAAUUGAUCAUUCUGCUUCUUAAAUUGUAAAAAAGAAUCAAGCUUACACUUAUAAUGGUAUUGAUCCUUAAAAUUAUGGACAAGGCAUUCAAUUUUAAAAAAAGAAUACAUAAAAUAAUUAGAUUCAAAAAAAUAUUGGCUAGUAAAUAUAAAAAUAAGGCAGCGGAAACUAAAAUAUUAAUCAUGAAUAAUUUAUACCAUCUUAAGGACAAAUUUAAACAUUCUAAAUAAGAAACCAUUAACCUUCCUUACAGCUAAUGCUUAACUAAUAAUCGUAAAUUUUUUAUCCAAAUUUUUAAUAGAACCAAUAGCCAUAAGGAAUAUUUGAGUCUGCUUGUCUUUUGACUGAAGAGAUAGGAGAAAAAAGAGAUUUUGAUAACGAUUAGCAAGUACAUUAUAUUCAUAAGGAUUAUAAAUUAAAAUCAAAAUAUGAUAUAGAGACUACAAAUACUUUAUCUAAAAUCAGGAGUACUGCUGACACAUUUGAAAUGGAUUUCCUUGAAGAUCUUAAAAGAUUUUUAAAUUAUUCUCGUAUACUAAUCAUAAAUGAUGAAUAAGAAGAUAUUAACACGCUAAUAGAUUUACUCCAAACAAAAGUAAAAGAAAUUGAAAUACAUAUAGCAGAAAAUAGUAAAAUAGCUUUGUAAAGAAUAAUUGAUGCUGAUAAUGAUGCCUUUCAAUAUUCUAACCCAGAUUUUAAUUAUAAAUUGAUUAUCAUGAGUAUCAAUACAAAAUCUGGAGACUCGUUUUUAGAUGUAAGAAAAAUGAAAAAAUAUAUUUCUUAAUUACCAAACAGUUAAAAUAUACCAGUCAUAUUAGUUUCGAAAGAAAUCAACUAAGAAUAUCUUAAUAUGGCUGAACAGGUAGGAGCUUUGGCAUUAUUCUUUCAUCCUCUUUCUUUAGAAAAUCUUCAAUUGUGCCUAAAGAAAUAUAAUAAAAUACCAUCUUUAAACUAAAUUUAGAUAUGA